GAUCUGGACACGUGGGGGCCCUGCAACCCCAGGACCCAGAGCAGAGCCUGCCUGUCCACGCGGCCCCUGGCCUGUUGUUUCCUGGAAGCAGGCCUCCCAUUUCCUAAGAGCCUGGAGUAGCGGCAAACAGUCUCCUACCCGAGAGAGUUGUUCUGACUUCAUUGUUCCAAAGGUCGAUUCCUCCUCCGGUCGUCUCCCCACAGACACGCCAGGCCCUGGAGUUGUUUCGUUUCUUUCGUCCUCUGGCUGCUCCAUCUUUCUGCCUCAUCCGUCCCGCUCCCUCUGCGGCUGCCAGGAUGCCCGUCGCGAUGCAAGACGUCAUGAGGAUGCUGUGCUCCAUUUCGGAGAAGAAGAAAAUGUUAGUGGCUGUUGAGCCCUCUAACAGGUGUCGCCGACUUGCUAUAGGUGGGGCCAUCUUGGGUGCCUUGCUCGGCGGUCCCCCAGGACUCGCCGUUGGGGGCACCCUCGGGGGGCUCUUAGGGAAGGCGAUGACGGAUGACCCCUUUAAGCCCGUCCAUAAGAUCCUACUGGUAUUGUCCCAAGACCAGCGGAGGAAGCUGUUUGAUAGAGUCAAGGCCAUUAUCUGGAACCUGCGUUGGAUAAACAACAUGGAGCUGAUGGAGCUGGUCAUGCGCAGUGAGAGUCUCCAGCAGCAGCUGGCGGACAUGCUGGUGGAUUUCCUCAAGACGGAGCUCACGGUCGACGUGCAGUUUGGGGACCACCUCCUUGGGGCGGGGGUCCCACGGGACUGACGGGGGCUGGGGCGGCCGCAGCGCCGUGUGCCCCUUACACCUGCGAUGCUCAGCCUUUUCACCGCGUGACACACGCAAAAAAACCACGGAAACUCGGGGGCACUGCAGAAAAUAAAUUCUAAUUUCUGCUGACC